CCGCGCCCACGGCCCACCUGGCUGACGUGCUCCUGCAGCUCCUCCAUGUGCUCCAGCACCGCCGUCUUGGUCUCCGAGUCCUCCAGCAUGGCCCCCACGUCGAAGACGUUGUCCAGGGCUCAGCGCAAGGCACGGAGCAGGACCAGGCCCAGCCAGGGCCCCCUGGCCCCCCUGAUGCACAAACUGGGCUGGGGGACACUGCCAGGACCAGCUCAUCCCAGCAGGGACUCCCUGGAUCCAGCCAGACCCAAACCCACCCGGUGUGCCCAGGAUGACUGGGGGUGGUGGGCCGGGCUGGGCUGGGCCGGGCUGGGCUGUGUGGCUGCCUGCGGCUCCAGCUCUAUUUUAAGAACAAGCAGAAGCUGCUGUAGCUGGAACCAGGGAGAGGAGCCUGAUCCCACUCAUCCCUGCUGGGGGCCUGGCUGCCCACCCUGCCCUGGGAUGUCGUCCUGGCUCACCCGGGCUGGAUCCAGCAGCACAGGAGGGCUCCUGCACCAGGACAUCUCCAGGCCCUGAUGCAGCAGCUGGUGGCUCGCAGGCAAUGUCCCUCCCAGGACACAGGUUCCCCCUGGGGACACCCUGGUGCAGCCCCACAUCCCCCAGCCAGGCUGGGCCACCGUGCUGGAGAUGGAUCCAGCAGAAGCUGAGGACCAGCUUUGUUUCCUGGUUGAGCCGAGGCUGACACCGUGGCCAGGGCUGGCUGGUGACCCGUCCUGCUGCUGGGGCCAACAGCACAUCUGCAAACAUCUGCAAACAUCUGCAGUGGUGACGUUGGCCUCGCACUCCCCCAGCUCCUGGGAGAAGAGGCAGCAAAGCCCCACCAGGCAAAGCUCCCGGCUGGAGCAGCCCCUGUCCCAGCCAGCCACUGCUUGGUUUUGACUCCACCACACCUCAACUCACAAUUCCAUUAAUAUGUUCCCAAUUAAUGCCCCUUGACAUGCAAAGGGAGGGAAAUCCUGCUUGCUUCUAGCAGGAGUAUCUGGGCAUCCCUAUCCCAGCAGGAAAGAUGCUCUUCCUCUGCUCCAUCCCAAAAAUCCACCUGGUCAUAUCCCAAACUACUUGGCACGGGACAACCCUCCCAUUGCUCUGCCAAAGCAGCAUCUGCCACAGUGCCCCAGCUGGGAAGAAGCCAAUUUUUGAGAAUGAAGUUUUGGGAAACUAAAUUCCCGUUUCUUGGCACGGAAUGGGUGUAUCCCCUUCCCAGCAGCAGUUUGGAUCCCCUGGGCUCCUCCCUGGGCCUUUCUGCCAAGGCUUGGCACCACCAGCUCUCCCAGUUUGGGAUGUCCAGCCCAAAAGUGAUUUGCACUGAGCUCUCGUGGCAUCACUGCAACCAUGGCAACGUGUGAGGUCUGGAUCGAGUCCCACCAGGAGAUUCCCAACUCAUCACCACCUGCUCCACCACGGAGCUCAGGAGGCAGAAAAGUUGAAGGCAGAGCCAGGGGAUGUGUUUGUGCCGGGUGAGGGCAGAGGGACCCCCUGUCCCCAUCCCCCCGGGGUUCUGCUGCCCCCACAGCCACGAGAAUGGGGAAGGGAGUGUGAAAGGAGGAAGCAGAAUUGGGACAGCCGCUUUCACAAGACACCCGCUUCCCGUCGGGCCGUGCCCAGCCCCUGGUGCCCCGUUUCCUACAGAAGGCCUUUCCCUCGGGAUGAGGGCAGGCAAGGCGGUGCUGCGGGCCUGCAGCGGCGGUUUGCCCUUCUCCGAUCAUUUUUUGGUUGAGGAUUUCCAACCUGCCGGGCCCAGCCCGCUCAAAGUGCCGCUUCCUGGGGCCUCACAGCGGAAACACCCCGAGUCCCUUCCUGCCGCCGCUGCCGUGACAGCCGGAGCCACCGGGGGCACCGCCACCCCCCAGCCGCCUGCCACCCCGGUGUCCCCCGGCAAAGCCUCCCGGAGCCCCGCGGGGUCCCGCCGAGCAGCGCCCGCCGCAUCGCCCCCUGCAGCCGCGGGCACCGCUCCCGCUGCCACGCUCAUCCCAAAUAAUCCCCUACACUGCACGAGGCAAAACAGCUCCCAGGGAAUUUGUGCUGGGGGCUGGGGUGGGCACCCAGGCGGGCAGAUCCCGGCAGGUCCAGCCGAGCGCAUCCCGGCGUGCCGGCAUGGUGGAAGCUGCGCCCGGCACGGCAUCGGCUCCAUCUCCCGCGGGGGGAUUAAAGCAGCGGCUCCUUUUCCUCGGAGCGUUUCUGGGGAGGGCACGGGCAGGGCUGGAGCGGGCGGCGCGGCGGCGGGACCCGGCCCUCCCGGCGGGAAGGUCACGGCCAGCCCGGCCCGCUCAAGGACGGAGCGAGCGGGAGCGGCGGGGAACUGCGGGAGAGCGGCUCCCGGGCUGCCAUCCCUCCCUCCAUCCUUCCCUCCAUCCCUUCAUCCCUCCAUCCAUGCCACGGGAACGCGCUCGGCAUCGCCGCUGCCCACCGCGGGGCUUGCCCUGCUCCGGGGAGGAGGAAGAGGAGGAAGAGGAGGGGAGCGAAGCAUCGCCAUCCGCAGCCCCGGCUGCUCGCGGCGCGCUCCGGCCCUGCCGCCGAUCCCGCCAUGGCGGAGCCCGCCCGGGCCCCGGGACUCGGGGUCACCCCAAGCACUUGGGGCUGGGGUCCCCCCAAGGUGAGAGCGAGGAGGGGAGGCAGCGGCUGGGGGUCAUCCCAGGGCAGGCUCAGCGUCCCCGGGGAAACGAGGUGACAGCGGGGCAGUCAUCAUUAUCAAUAAGAACACCAAUUAAAUAAUAAAUCUAAUAAUUAGUAGAACGACGGAGUAGUAACAAUGCGAUCGUUACAAUGCUGAUAACGGCGGUAACGCUGCUAGCGAUGCUGGGGCCGGCAGGGAUGCUGAGGGACCCCCACCCUGUCCCCCUGUCCCCCGGGGUGUGCCGGCCCCUCCCGCCGGACCCCGUGUCGUGCCCGGUGCCCCGCGCUCC